AUUGCGGAGCUAUCCCUGCCCUUGGCCUCGGACCAACUCUAGCUGCACAAAACUGGGACAUAAGUUACUUGAGUCAAAGCGCAGUCUCGCCUCCUCCGCCAAUUAACUGGAACAGAUCCGAAUACCGGCCACAGAAGACUGUCACAAACGAAGAAGGCAGAGUGAAAGAAAGAGGGGAGAUCAAUAUGGUGACCAAAACAGAGGAAACACAAUUGAAUAGGCUGGAGAGUCAGGUGGAGCAUGGAGGUGGAGGGGCUUGGGACUAUCUCUGCUUGGUCAGGAAGCUUAAGGUUAGGCGUUCUGACAAGGUUUUGAAGUAUGGUUUAUCCAUCUUGAAUGACCCCAAGAAGCGAUCUGGUCUCGGUGCCGAAGAAUGGACUCUUUAUGAGCAGGUUGCAAUUGCAGCUAUGGACUGCCAAUGUCUUGAUGUUGCAAAGGACUGCAUUAAUGUGUUGCAGAAGAGAUUUCCAGAGAGUAAAAGAGUUGGCAGGCUGGAGGGGAUGUUACUUGAAGCAAAGGGGUCUUGGGCAGAGGCAGAGAAUGCUUAUGCAAGCCUGCUAGAGGACAAUCCAUUGGAUCAGGUAAUACAUAAAAGGAGGGUGGCUUUGGCAAAGGCACAAGGCAACCUGCCAGGGGCUAUUGAAUUUCUCAACAAAUAUCUUGAAAUAUUUAUGGCUGAUUCUGAUGCCUGGAGAGAACUUGCUGAGAUAUAUGUUUCCCUGCAGAUGUAUAAGCAAGCUGCAUUCUGCUAUGAGGAAUUAAUACUAGCUCAGCCUACAGUUCCAUUAUAUCAUUUGGCCUAUGCUGAUGUGCUUUACACACUUGGUGGAUUAGAAAACCUUCAAGCAGCUAAGAAAUAUUAUUCUUCCACAGUAGACUUGACUGGUGGCAAGAACACCAGAGCACUUUUUGGUGUUUGUUUGUGCACAUCUGCCAUCACACAACUCACAAAAGGGCGAAACAAGGAAGAUAGUCCAGACCUGCAAUCACUUGCAACAGCAGCCUUGGAGAAAGACUACAAGCAAAGAGCUUCUGACAAGGUUUCUGUGCUUGCUUCAGCUUUGAAAAGUUUGAAAGUGUCGUCAUGACUUCUUCAGGACUGAAUCAAGCUUGACCCAGAUGCCAGGAUCUUCAUCAUAGGCUAAACAGAAAGCAGGAAAUCUACCAAUGCUUUAGAUUUAUGAGUUCUUAAUUUGCUUGUAUUGUUUUAUAAUGCUCUAUUGAGCAGACUAAGACUACUUGAGAAAUAUUUUUCUCCUCUUGCAUAAUUUCAGAUUUAACAAUCAUUGAAUAUUAGUGUUUGAUUAUUUUCAAAA